CUGGGGGGUAAGAGGAGGUGCCAGGGGAUUGGAGCCACCCCUCUCUUUCAGCUCCCUUUAAGGGCUAUUGUUAACUCAGAGUGCGUGAGAGAUAGAACCUUCCAGCAAACAGUGGGUGUAACGCGAGAGCUGCUAAUUGAGAUUUCUAAUGCUGCUGACCCCUUAAGGGCACAAGAUCUGGCGACUCUGACUCAGGCAGACAGCGUGGGGAGAGAGAGGGGAGGGAGCAGCCAGCCAGCCUGUGCGCCUUGCAUUAUCUCCUGUGUACAGUGCUGAGCACUUUCCACCGGCACAUCAGUCCCACUGCCAACACCAGAACGGCUUCAGACUCAGAAAAAGCGUUUUCUUCUCUGUUACAAUUGUGUAAACAUCCCUCCUCUCCCGCCAAGAUCUUUCUGUUGCUUACUUUGGAUUUAACUGUAUAGAACAUUCGUGACGGCCAAGGUAUGCAGUCUGAAGGCUUCAAGGAACUGUUAUCAGCUACCGCCCGCUCCUGACUGCCAACGGUUUACAGAUUUCAUUUGCGGUAGUUGCAUUUCUCCGGAAUUGCUGGCACGACCAAAGAGAGGGAAACUUUCUGGGAGCAAGCAGCCAGCACCAAGCAGAGGGAACCUUUCCUGGAGAGUUAGAAAGAGGGGUUGGUAAUUUCUUGGAGCUCAAACUCUUCCUGGUCACUACUCGUGCUUUCUACACCACCCCCCACCCCCCGUGCAAUGGUGGCAUCAACGUCCCACUCACACAGGUGACUCCAGAUGUGCUUGAGACUGUAACUCGUCCCGCCUGAUGUAAGGACACCUGGAAGUUUCCUGGAAACCCUUCAUCUCGUCACUGCGUCCCGAGGGGGGAGCGAUAGUUGGUGGUGGGGUCUGACUGUGAAUCGUCACACAAGUACCUUGAUGGAGUGAGACUGUGUGGGAUCUAAGCAAGCCCAGAGGUACUGCUCCGACAGUUUGGAAUUGUCCUGGGAUUGCUCAGCAACUUCUCAGAGCCAACGUCCAGCAGUUCAAGAGCUUGUAUGCAGAUCUUUGCCAGUGACUGCACAGAACUGCUGAGGCACAAAAAGAGAACUGCGGUGCCUUCACCAUUCCAUUCCACCAAUGAAUGCCCGGAGCAGCUGAGCAAUCAAGAUUUGGAAAGUUUGCAACUACUUUGAAUUUCUACUAAAGGAAGAGGAAUGAGCUACGUGCUGUGCAAACUGUGUCUAUGUGUGUUCACUCUCAUUACACUCACCGUGUCAAGACCCACUGUUUCACAAUUUGAAGAAAAGAAUUCACAGCUAGUAUUGUUGGGCACUGAAGCAGCAGAAACCCAGAACCACAUUCUCCUGGACCUUCAUGAUGGGCUCAAGUUGAUAUGUGGCACCAAUCGAACCGAGAACAUCAACUGGUACAAAGAAGAUAAGCAGAUCUUGCCCAGUGACAGAGUGCACAUAGUGCGGAAGGUUCUAGAAAUUGUAGAGACUACUUACAAUGACUCUGGUCUAUACCUAUGUGUGGUGCAUGGGACAGGCGAGAUUCUAAAAAACUUCACAGUGACUGUAGCAGACUCUUUGUCUUCUGGAGAUGAUGAUGAAGAUGGUGGAUCUGAAGAUUCAGCUUCAGAAACCAGUGACAGUCGCUCGUUUCCUCAGAAAGGAGCUCCCUACUGGACUCACUUUGAGCGAAUGGAGAAGCGCCUGCACGUGGUUCCAGCAGCAAACACAGUUAAAUUUCGCUGCCCGGCUGCUGGAAAUCCUCUUCCUACCAUACGCUGGCUGAAGAAUGGCAGGGAAUUCAGGGGAGAGCAGCGGAUUGGAGGAAUUAAGCUACGCCAUCAGCGCUGGAGCCUGGUAAUGGAGAGUGUUGUGCCUUCUGACCGUGGCAACUAUACCUGUGUGGUGGAAAACAAGUAUGGCAGCAUUAACCACAGUUACCAAUUGGAAGUUCUGGAACGGUCUCCUCACCGGCCGAUCCUGCAGGUUGGCCUGCCAGCUAACAAAUCUGCCGUGGUGGGCAGCAAUGUGGAGUUCCACUGCAGAGUUUUCAGUGACGCACAGCCUCACAUCCAAUGGCUCAAACACGUGGAGGUGAACGGCAGUAGAUAUGGACCCGAUGAGGCUCCAUAUGUCCAAGUGUUAAAGACUGCUGACAUUAACAGCACUGAAAUUGAAGUACUCUACUUGCAUAAUGUCACAUUUGAAGAUGCAGGCAAAUACACCUGUUUGGCAGGCAAUUCUAUUGGGAUCUCUUACCAUUCUGCCUGGCUGACAGUUUUACCAGAGGAAGAGCCCCCGAAAAUAAUUGACUCCUCUGGGACAAAGUACACUGAUAUCCUGAUCUAUGCUGCUACAUCUCUGGCUAUCAUCUUGUCAGUCGUCAUCAUUAUAUUGUGCAGAAUGCAGGCAAGGUCCAGCAAAAGGGCCUUUGACCCACUGCCUGUGCAGAAACUCUCCAAGUUUCCUUUUAAAAGACAGUUUUCACGAGAAUCAAACUCUUCAAUGAAAUCGAAUGCCUCUCUUGUCAGAGUGACGCGCCUGUCCUCCAGUGGUACACCCAUGCUGUCUGGCGUUGUGGAGUUCGAGUUACCAAUGGACCCAAAAUGGGAAUUCCAUCGGGAUAAACUGGUAUUGGGGAAACCCCUUGGAGAGGGUUGCUUUGGGCAGGUGGUUAAAGCGGAGGCUUAUGGGAUAAACAAGGACGACCCGGACAAGCCGGUUACCGUGGCAGUGAAGUCACUGAAAGAUGAUGCCACGGAGAAAGACCUGGCAGAUCUCAUCUCAGAGAUGGAGAUGAUGAAGAUGAUGGAUAAGCAUAAAAAUAUAAUUAACUUGCUUGGUGCCUGCACACAGGAUGGUUUGCUGUACGUAAUUGUGGAAUACGCCACAAAAGGUAACUUGCGGGAAUACCUCAGGGCUCGGCGGCCACCCGGCAUGGAUUACAACUUCCAUGUCACAAAGGUGCCGGAAGAGCAACUAACGUUUAAAGAUCUGGUGUCCAGCGCUUAUCAAGUGGCAAGGGGCAUGGAAUACUUAGCAUCUAAAAAGUGUAUCCAUCGUGACUUGGCAGCCAGGAAUGUGUUAGUAACUGAAGACAAUGUCAUGAAAAUCGCAGACUUUGGCCUGGCACGAGGUGUGAACAAUAUUGACUAUUACAAGAAAACCACAAAUGGUCGCUUGCCAGUAAAGUGGAUGGCGCCAGAGGCCUUAUUUGAUAGAGUGUAUACACACCAAAGUGAUGUAUGGUCAUUUGGAGUCUUGAUGUGGGAAAUCUUCACACUAGGUGGCUCUCCUUAUCCAGGAAUCCCUGUGGAGGAACUCUUCAAACUUCUCAAAGAAGGCCAUCGAAUGGACAAGCCGUCAAACUGUACUCAUGAACUAUAUUUGCUUAUGAGGGAGUGCUGGCAUGCAGUGGCUUCCCAAAGACCAACAUUCAAACAGCUGGUGGCAGAGCUUGACAAGGUCUUGAGUUCUAUAUCAGAUGAGUAUUUGGACCUCUCGACUCCCUUUGAGCAAUAUUCUCCCUCCUGCGAGGACAGCAACAGUACAUGUUCUUCUGAUGACUCUGUCUUUGCCCACGAACCUUUGUCUGAAGACCCGUGCUUACUCAACUACCGUGAUUGUAACACUCGAAGCAGGACUUGAGGAAAAUGUCAUUCUGCAACUGGCUCAGCGUUGCUAAUUGCCCUGUAAUUUACCAAGGUCGUACAUUGGGGAAGGUCGGAAACUGGAAUGAGACUGAUUUUUCCCUAAGACCUGCUUCUUCCUGAAAGGUAUGAAAUGUCCUUCUGUGGAAGUAACGCAGGCGGUGUGGCAAGGAAUUUAAAACCAUUCAUGCCUUCAUCGGUUCAGACUUACCACAAUUCUUGCCUUUUGAGACUGAUGACUAGCAAUAAAAGCCAUAUUUGUAUUCAGGCAUUGGGUAACAGCAGAGCUCCCUGUCAUAGGAACAUCAUACCACCUUUUGUGGCAAUUCUAUUGAUUCUUUACCAUGUGAUAUUAUCAAAGGAGGUGAUGUAUCAUAGCUUGAUAAUGUAUAGUAGUGAAGGAGCAUAAAGUGAACCACAACAGCAACUGUAAGUUAUUUGGAACAGAAUCCAACUUGUGAGGAAAGAGCUUCCAUGAUUGGAACAGAUGGAGUUAAAGAUUUGCUACCAAGAAAAUCCUGGACUUGCAUCUCUGGUCAAAGGAUCAAAACUAUCAUCUGGCGAUAAUGUUAUUAACUGCACCAUUCACUACACUAGUUACCUAAUAAGAUCAUAUCAUUUGGUGUAAUAAGUUUCAAUUUUUGCUCUGCAGGAAAACCAAACUUUGGAGAAGGUAGAGUACUUUACCUGAUUGGUUUACCUGGCCUUUGUAGAAUAUUUCAACCAGACAUCUGUAGCCUCUAUUGAAAUGGAAAUUCUACAAUAAGCAAAUUGCAGAAUGACGUACCAAUUCUGGAAUGCCCGGAAUUCAGUGCAAAGCUCUUCGAACGAUGCAGUGACCUGAGAUCCCAUUUUAAAAAUAUCUUUGCAUCAAGAUAAGUCAAUUGCCAUCAAAGUAAAUGUUUUAUAACUCUAAUGUUUACCAGUCUACAGAACGGGGUGUGUAUUCAGGGAACAGCCUGGUCUAAUAAUCCACUGACCAGUUAAUUGCAAAUGCCCCAAAAAUGAUUUGUAUGUAUAGUUCAAACUGCUUUGCUUUUUUUUAAAAGGGACGGGUAUCUGGAGCACCGUACACGAUUGGCAAUGUAAUAGCAAAAUCAAUCUUCCAACUGUGUAACUGUAUCCACUUUCACCUAUAAACACAGCAAUUAGUCUCACGAGCAAUUACCAUAGCAACUGUUCUUUGUAGAAAAUUGUAUUCAUUUUACUGUGUGAAUGGACAAGCUUGGGAACAGCUGGCCCAGCUGUUUGUAGCGACGGUUAUCCAGAUAAUAAUUGGUUUACUGUCUUAUACCCUGCUGAAAGUUAUAGCAUAGAUACAGAUUUGUAUCUGAAAAUUUCUUUAAGUACCAUAUCCAAAUUUUUUGGCAGUCACACUUCCUUUUCUGGUUAUUAGUGCCAAUAUUUUUGUGACCUAAGAUUAAUUACAGUUGCUAUUGGAGACCUCCACAGAACAUAAUUGGAGUUUGCAUGUAAUUGCCUUUUGUUAAUUUGCCCAUUCACUGCUCUCUUGCACUAUGAGCAGGGGCAACAACCAGACCAAGAGUGCAAUUACUUUUCACUCCAGUUUUACACUUUUCCUACUACGGGGGUUCUCUGAGCUUUGCUCCAUACAGUGAAGAGAUUCAGAUUAGCGAUUUAUGAGAAAUGGUGGGAGGGGGGGGGGGGGGGGACAGGUGAUAUUAGAAUAGCAGAUCAAUCUCCCAAUGGUACAGCAGCCAGGGUCAAAGCUGUAAAAUGUUUCAGCAGAAACACCUUUCCUUGUUUUUCUGAGGGUUAUGGAAGGCAGGAAUAUUCUUAGUUGGCUUGUAUCAUGGAACCGGGAUUCUCGGUGAGCAUCAACAUUGCGUCUAAGCAGAGACCACACAAUUAAAAGCAGUGUUGUUUUUAGGUGCUAAACUGCUGUUAAUUGUAAAGUUCAUGCAUUAUCUUAAAUUCCUCUACCGGGGUUCCAAAACCUGUUGAGUGAUGAAAAGUUAGGUCUUCUGCAAUAUUUGUAAAUAAGGUGCCAUGUACCUGAGGAAGAAAGAUUGUCAUAUUAUGACCUCAGGACUCUUGACUAUGUGACCAGCAGAGUUUACAAUGCCUGUAUUAUUGUCCUCUUCUGGCAAUCACAUUUCUUGUAAAUAGGAUUGAAUUUUAUGUAGCUGUACAGAGUAUCUUACAUUGGCAUGUUUAUUGCAAAAAAUUGUUGCAUUUUCUAAAUUAUUUCUCUUUUGAAACUGCUACCAUGAUGAGAUGCCUUUCUUCCCCAUCAUGGUUGGAGAGUCUUGGUACUUAGUCUAUCAGGACAGAGAUUUAUAGUAUUUGUGUACAAUAAAAUGGACAAUUUUAUCGAAGGGCAAAACAGUUGUAAGCACAAGACUGAAAACUUAUUGCCUGUCUUCACUAUGUUACUGAAGGUGCCUCAGCCUCUGACUGACUGAUGUCUUUGGUAUCUUUUUCUUUUCAAAACUUUGCUUUUUUAAAAAAAAGAAUGCUGGACCUUUCCCUGCUCUUUCCCCUUUAUGCUGCAUUUACUAUGGAGCUGUUUGGUGCUUCAGGGUAGAUUAGUGCAGCAGUUAAAGAGAUAUUGUAAGCAGGAAGCACGUUGCCUAAGGUCACGGUUAGAAUAAAAUUCUGAAUGGCUGUGCAGCAUUAGACCUGGACAAACAGAAGGAGGAAUAUCUCUGGUAUGUGCUCUUUAUCAUCCUGGUGGAUACGGGGUGCUCUUUGAGAGUUUGAGGUUUGCAUUUCACUCACCACAUCUCACCAUUCAGAACAUUUACCAACUGAGCUCCCACCACUUUCACUGGUGGUACAAAGAACAGCACCAUACCCUGUGUCAUCACUUAUAGAAACCAAUCUUUUACUAUUUUUUUAAAAUUUUGAGUAACCACCCUUCCUGCCCAACGAGUCCAUGCUGCCCAACUACAUCCAUGUGACCAAUUAAGCUACUAACCCAUAUUUUUGGGAAUGGGGAAGGAAACCGAAGCGCCCAGAGGAAAUCCAUGCAGUCACGGAGAGAAUGUACGGACUGCUCAUGAAUUGAACCCAGACUGCUGGUGCUGUAAUAGCAUAAUGCUUCCACGUCAUGUCAAUAUAACAUAAGGAAGUGCUGCAGUACUCCUGGCCAGGUAGUCUUCUGCUAUCGCUCCUUUUAAUUAUGUUUCCCUUUCCACUGCUGCUGCCUGGACUGCAGAGUAUUUCCAUCAAUUUCUGUUUUGAUUUUAGAUUCCUGGCAUUUGCAAUUUAUUGUGUCUUGGUUUAAAUUGCCUGUUUAUCAGUCUUUUUUUUAGAAAAGGUGUUUAUAUCCUUGCUUUUAUCCUCUUUUCCCCUCAGCUAGGAAGUUAGUUGGGAAUGAAAAGACAAGGAACAGAAUCUGUAGUGGCUUAGAUGUGUCCCAUUAUUAAUUCAGUGGGUUCAUGGCUAAACUUCUACACAAGUUCACCUUGCUCCAUGUACAAAACUGUUCAUCCAUACAAAUCAGCAGUAUUUUAUUAUCUUUAACGUGGUUCAUAGUUGUGUUACCUUAAAUUAUUAUUUAUUUUAUUUUCAUUCCCUUAGACCUGGUGAAGGCAAAAUCUGAGGGAAAUGGCCAUUGGGGCAUUCCAUAGAUUUCAUUUGAUCACUAUGGGAUUUUAUUUUUUUCUCUUAAAUUUUGGCUCUUUGCUGAAUUCAAAGCUGAAGGUGAAUAAAUGGGAAUGGCCCAGGACAACCCAUAGUGUGACAGUCAUAAGGCACAGGAGCAGAAUUAGGCCAUUCGGCCCAUCGAGUCUGCUCCACCAUUUUGUCAUUGCUGAUCCAUUUCCCUCUCAAACCCAGGCUUCUGCCUUCUCUCCAUAACCUUUCAUGCCCUGACUAGUUAAGGUUCUAAAUUAUUAUUAUUAAAUGGAGAUGAGGAGGAAUUUCUUUAGCUUGAGGGUGGUGAAUCUGUGGAGGCCAGGACCUGGUGUGUAUUUAAGGUGGAAGUUGAUAGGUUCCAUAGAAGGACUUUUAUUUAUUCCAUGCAGUAAUUUCAGUGGGAUUACUUCAACACUGAGGGCCUUCAAGCUAGAAAACUGAUUAGAUUUCCAAAAGCAUCAUUUUUCCAGUGCUAAUAAUUAGGAUUUGUCAUGCUGCUAUAUACUGGAUUUAACCAGGCUGAUGCCAGCUAAUUCUGACCUUCUUAUACUGGAGCUGCUGCUAGCAAGACUAUUAGGUAGCAACAGCCUUGCAGGACUGGAGUUCACUGUGCUCUUGUCUCACGUGACCAUUGCUAGCCAAUAGUUAAACAUCAAUGUGGUUACAGUGCAUGGAGAUUUCAGAAAUGAUAACAAAGAACCAGAAAUCCAAAAAAACUAUUGUCAUUAAUGAACAUAUUUUAUACUACUUUGAAUGGAAUAUUUCAUUGCAGAGGGAUUAUUGCAUUAAAAGAACAGUUUUUAUAUUAGAUUAAUAAUUUUAUCUGUAAUAUUGUUUAAAUGUUAAUCAGUUAUAUUGUAAAUGAAUACAUGCAGGUUUUUUUUAGUGAGUGUAUAUUUUUACAAAUGCACAGCAGGGUUUCACUGACUGAUCUUGUGUGUAAUCAUCCUAUUAUUGACCUGGACAAAGUGCCAAUAAGAAUCAAUUUCCUCAGUAGUAUAUGCAUAUUCUGAUAUCAUUCAUUGUGAAUGAACAUAACCCAAAAUGAAGGUGAUAUUUAUAAAUCAGCCUCUUCUGUAUGAACAAACACAUCUUGGUGAUGCAUACACACAAAAUUCUGUGUUUUUAUUUGCAAGUAUUGAUAUCAUUAAAGCUGAUCUCGGAAUCACAUUUCAGCAGUUAACAAGGCAGUCACAUCACCCAAUGGAAUAUUCAAUAAUUCCAGUACGAUAUUCGACUGAUCCAAAAUGAAGAACAAGGAUUGCUCAAAUGAAAUUUUGAUUGGGGUUUAAAAAAAUAAACUUUUACCAUCUAGUACGUUUUAAAUCAAUGGUAUUGAUGAGAAAAUUCCAGAGCAGAGCUAACACUUCAUUGAUAGCUUAAAAGCCAUUUUUAAAAUUCACAGAAUUACAUUUAAUUUAUUGUGUUUUAUGAACAAACAUUUUGUAUUCUGGUUUGAAAAUCUAUUUGAAGAUGUUUGAAGACCUGCUCCACAGCGGUAAUUUGUCAGUUCUGAGUCUUUAGAAGUAUGAGAUAAUCAAAAUCAAUCACAGCCAAUUAGAUCAUUCUUCCCUUUUAACGUUUGAGUUAAUCUGUGAAAGUUUCCAGGUCUAUAUUCUGUAAUAUGUCAUUGAAUGAGACUGACUGACUGAACCUCAUUGCAUACCUCAUGUAUUCAAUUCAUAAACCUUCCAAUUUUAGGGCCAAAUAAAGACAUUUAAGAUGAAA